CUCUCCAGCACCAUGUCACUCUUAGUGCAGUACUCUGAGCUGCGUAGGCAGCUGUCUUCCCAGAGUGGGACACUGGGCAGAGCCAGGGGCAUGUCUGCCUCCAGUGUUGGAAGUGGCUAUGGGGGAAGCGGCCUUGGCUUUGGAGGCGGCUAUGGGGGAGGUUUUUCUGCUGCUUCCAUGUUUGGUUCUAGUUCAGGCUUUGGUGGUGGCUCUGGAAGUUCCUGCGCAGGAGUGCUGGGCACUGCUUAUGGAGGAGGCCUGGGGAUUGGAUUUGGAGGAAGCCCAGGAGGGGGCUCUCUAUGUAUUCUCUCUGGCAAUGAUGGAGGCCUUCUUUCUGGAUCAGAAAAGGAAACCAUGCAAAAUCUUAAUGACAGAUUGGCUUCCUACCUACAUAAGGUUCGAGCUCUAGAAGAGGCUAAUACUGAGCUAGAAAACAAAAUUCAUGUGUGGUAUGAAACACGAGGAUCUGGGACUGAAGAUCCUGGGUCACAGAAUGAUUACAGUAAAUAUUAUCCACUGAUUGAAGACCUCAGGAAUAAGAUCAUCUCUGCCAGCACUGGAAAUGCCCAGCUCAUCUUACAGACCGACAAUGCAAGACUGGCUGCCGACGACUUUAGAAUGAAGUAUGAGAAUGAGCGUGCCCUGCGCCAGAGCGUGGAGGCCGACACCAACGGCCUGCGCCAGGUGCUGGACAAGCUGACCCUGGCCAGGGCCGACCUGGAGAUGCAGAUCGAGAGCCUAGUGGAAGAGCUGGCCUACCUGAGGAAGAACCACGAGGAGGAGCUCCAAAGCUUCCAGUCUGACGGCCCCGCCCAGGUCAGUGUAGAAAUGAAUGCUGCCCCAGGAGUGGACCUCACCAGGCUCCUCAACAACAUGAGGGCACAGUAUGAAGCGAUCGCUGAGCAGCACCGUAAGGACGCGGAAGCCUGGUUCAUUGAAAAGAGCAGGGAGCUCGAGAAGGAGAUCAGCACCAACACUGAGCAGCUUCAGUCCAGCAAGAGCGAGAUCACCGACUUGAGACGCGCCUUUCAAAACCUGGAGAUGGAGCUCCAGUCCCACCUCGCCAUGAAGACAUCUCUGGAGGACUCCUUGGCCCGAACCGAGGGGGACUACUGCGGCCAGCUGUCCCAGGUGCAACAGCUCAUCCGCAGCCUGGAGGAGCAACUGCUCCAGGUGCGCAGGGACACAGAGUGCCAGAACGCCAACCACCAGCGACUGCUGAACGUCAAGGCCAGCCUGGAGCUGGAGAUCGAGACCUACCGUGACCUGCUGGAUGGCGAAGCCCAAGGUGAUGGUGUGGAUGAAACUUCACCUGUGACUGACUCCAAAUCUCAAGCACAGUCCACUGAUUCUGCUAAAGACCCUCCCAAACCCCGAAAAAUCAAAACAGUUAUCCAGACCGUGGUGAACGAGGAGAUGGUCUCAUCUCAGGUUCAGGAAUUUGAAGCACUAAUAUAA